GUGACGUCACAUAUCUGCGACUCACCCAAACGUGACUUGUAAAGUCGGUGUUUUUGCGGUUUUCUCCCUAAGUUUUUAAUAUUUGAAGACACGCUAGAGUAGCGUAUUUAUAUUUAUUCAUCAUGAGCUCGUCAAUGCCGCAGAAGCGUUUCUACAGACAGCGAGCCCAUUCUAACCCAAUGGCGCACCACACGUUUGAAUAUCCGGUAUGUCCUCAGGAAAUGGACUGGUCCAAGCUGUAUCCAGACUUCACGACUGGCAACACGCCUGACAAAGCAACCCCUCGAGUGGAGUUUGCAGACAUCGGAUGUGGAUAUGGAGGACUUUUGGUGGAAUUAUCUCCACUCUUCCCUGACAAACUCAUCCUGGGCAUGGAGAUCCGGGUGAAGGUGUCGGAUUAUGUGCAGGACAGGAUUCGGUCGCUGCGUGCCUCCAACCCAGGGAGUUAUGGGAACAUCGCUUGCCUUCGAAGCAAUGCCAUGAAGUACCUGCCCAACUUCUUUUUCAAAGGGCAGCUCAGUAAAAUGUUCUUCCUCUUCCCUGACCCUCACUUUAAAAAGACCAAGCAUAAAUGGAGGAUCAUCAGCCCCACUCUGUUAGCAGAAUAUGCCUACACGCUGAGAGUUGGGGGUUUGGUGUACACCAUAACAGAUGUGGAGGAGGUCCACCUCUGGAUGGUGAAGCACUUCACUGAGCAUCCACUGUUUGCACGUGUCACGGAGGAAGAGCUGGUGGAUGACCUCAUCGUAAGCCGGUUGGGGACGUGCACCGAAGAAGGAAAGAAAGUUCAAAGAAAUGGAGGAAAGAAUUUCCUGGCAGUUUUUCGGAGGAUUGACGAUUCACCUUGAGGAGAGCAGGAUUACCCCCGUCUGAGACUUUUUUUUAUUAGCCUUCUAAAUUCACCAGAUAGAAUUUUAUUUAAAAGAAAAUGUUUUUUUGCAGAUGAGAAGUAAAUCCUGACUUUUGUUUCAGUCCAUACUUCUGACUUGCUUUGUAAAGCUCUUCUGAGGUGCUACAGUCAUGAAAGGAGGUUUCCGUGGUUCAUUUUGUAAAUCACUUCAAAGGAGUAAAGCGUCUCUGCUGAUAUGA